AUGAUAGCCUUCAUAUUUAUAACUGUAAAGAAGGAAAGCAAGUAUUAUUCAUCAGUUAAAGUAUGUGUUCUACGUUCAACGUUGUAUUCCAAAAAGUAUGGUGUGACUUUGGCUCGAUUUACGCAUCAUAAGAACAAUGUUAUUUAUGCAUCCACUAAAGAAGAUGAUACUCUAAGAUAUCUUUCGAUACAUGACAACAAAUACAUUCGUUAUUUUCGUGGACACAAGAAAAGAGUGACAGCAGUGGAAAUGUCCCCCAUUGAUGAUACAUUGAUGACAUCUUCUUUGGAUCAAACUGUACGUUUAUGGGAUUUACGAUCGUCUACUUGUCAGGGUGUAUUGCAUGGUGAAGGUAAAACAAUGGCCGCAUUUGAUCCUCAAGGCCUUGUGUUUGCUGUUGGCACUAAUCAUGAUACCAUUCGUGUCUAUGACUGUCGAGAAUAUACCAAUGGCCCUUUUGCUACUUGGCCUAUACCUGAUACAGGUGUUGAAUGGACCAGUCUGAAAUUUACUCCAGAUGGCAAAAAAAUCAUUAUCACUACAGUGGGCGAUGUGUUGUAUGUGAUUGAUGCUUUUGAAGGUACUUUAUUACAGCGACUUGUGGGUCAUGUAGGCCCCCAACAUCCCUCUACGUGUGGUGAAGAAGUCUGCGUGACACCUGAUGCUCGUUAUGUCAUGGCAGGUGGUAGGGAUGGGCAAUUAAGAAUAUGGGAUUUAAAUAAGCAGGAAAAUAUGCCUUUUGCUACAUUACAGACACCGCAUAAACAUAGCUUAAAGAUUGUAGGCCAUAAUCCAAUGCAUGCCAUGUGUGUCACUGGUUCAAGUGAAUUAGUAAGUACAUUUACUGACUGUAUUGGCUUUCGUGGUAAGCCAGGAGAUAAAGAUUAUUGUGAAUAUGUGGUCAAGUUGCUUUCAGAAGACCCUGCCAAUUAUAAAGAUGCGCCUACAGAAGGCAUUCGUCGUAUUCUAGAAUUGGCUACGGGUCAGAAAUAUCCACGCUCAGAACCUGUGCCUACUACGCUUAUUGAAAGUGUGCGUAUGGGAACUACAGUCGCGACAAAUGCAUUGUUGGAAAGAAAAGGUGAAAAGAGUGCAUUAUUGAUCACAAAGGGGUUUGGUGAUCUUCUGACUAUUGGAAAUCAAGCACGACCCAAGAUAUUUGACUUGUCGAUUAGUAAGCCAGAUGUCUUGUAUCAAAAAGUCAUUGAAGUGGAUGAACGUGUGGUUUUGUUGAAUUCAGCUGCUUCUAGCGAGAAAGUGGAUCCUAAACAAGUCAGUCAUGCUCAGCUAGGUAUUUCGGGUGAAUAUAUCAAAGUAGUCAAAAAACCAGACUUGAACACGCUUCAGUCCCAAUUGGAGUCUAUUUAUAAAGAAGGUUAUCGUAGCAUUGCUAUUUGUUUACUUCAUGCAUACACAUUCCCUGAACACGAAACCCAAAUUGGUCAACUAGCUCAAUCGAUAGGGUUUGACCAUGUUUCUCUCUCUAGCCAAGUAAUGCCUAUGGUCAAGAUUCUACCCCGUGGCACUUCAGCUACAGCUGAUGCUUAUUUAACGCCUUGUAUUCAAAACUAUAUCAAGGGAUUCAAGACAGGGUUUGAUGAUGGAUUUGAAAAAGACACUCAGCUUCAAUUCAUGCAAAGUGAUGGUGGAUUAGUGCCUGUGGAUCGUUUUUCUGGGUUCAAGGCUAUUUUAUCGGGUCCUGCAGGUGGUGUCGUAGGUUAUGCACAGACUACAUUUACAGGAACACCUGUGAUUGGGUUUGAUAUGGGCGGUACAAGUACAGAUGUAUCUCGUUUUGAUGGUCAUUUUGAACAUGUGUUUGAGACAACUACAGCGGGUGUCACGAUUCAAGCACCUCAGUUAAACAUCAACACAGUGGCUGCAGGGGGUGGAUCGAUGUUGUUCUUUAAGAAUGGCAUGUUUGUUGUGGGUCCUGAGAGUGCUGGUGCUCAUCCUGGUCCUGCCUGUUAUCGAAAAGGUGGCCCAUUAGCCGUGUCUGAUGCCAACCUUUUCUUGGGCCGUUUAUUGCCUGACUACUUUCCUCGUAUCUUUGGCCCAGAUGAAAAUCAGCCUUUGGACUGUACUGUCGUUCAAGAGAAAUUCACUGCUUUAGCAAACGAGAUCCAUCAAGCCACAGGCCAAGCUAAAUCGUUAGAUGAUAUCGUCUAUGGAUUUAUCAAAGUAGCCAACGAAACCAUGUGUCGUCCUAUUCGUGCCUUGACCGAGGCCAAGGGUCAUGAUACCAGUAACCAUGUCUUGGCAGUCUUUGGUGGCGCAGGUGGACAACACGCUUGUGGUAUUGCACGUAACUUGGGUAUUCGUAAAAUUGUGUUGUAUCGUCAUAGUUCGAUCUUGUCUGCUUUUGGUUUGGCUUUGGCAGAUGUAGUGCAUGAAGUGCAAGAACCCUCUGCUCAAACACUCAGUGAUUUGUCUCGCAUUCAAGAACGUAUUGUGGAACUAAAGCAAUCAUGUGUUGGCGAACUGAAGCGUCAGGGGUUUGCUGAAAGCACGAUUAAGACUGAACUGUAUCUUAACUUAAGAUACGAUGGUACAGACUGUGCUUUAAUGACCUUACAGCCUGAAGAUUGGAAUUUUGAAGGUGCCUUCAAGACAUUGUAUCAAAAGGAAUUUGGCUUUUUGUUGAAAGACCGUGACAUUCUUGUGGAUGAUAUUCGUGUACGUGGUAUCAGUAAAACAAUGGAACAUCACAACUUGACACCGGAUCAAGAAAUUCAACAGUUGACAGAGGCAAACCAGCUGCAUGUGGUAUCUCCAGACAGAUGCGAUUCGUUUGCUUCCGUCUAUUUCGAAGAGACAGGACGUGGACAAACGCCUGUUUAUCGACUUGUAAACCUUAAGCCUGGAAGUCAAGUAGAAGGCCCUGCUAUCAUUAUUGAUGCUACAGCUACUGUAGUGAUUGAGCCUUCUUGUACUGCUCUUAUUACGCAUAACCAUAUUACCAUUACUGUGGGUCGUGGCGAAAAAAAGAAAGUGACAAAAGACAUGGAGCCUAUUCAACUGUCUAUUUUCUCGCAUCGAUUCAUGAGUAUUGCUGAACAAAUGGGAAGAACGUUGCAAAAGACAGCGAUUUCUACCAACAUCAAAGAGAGAUUAGAUUUCUCUUGUGCCUUGUUUGGUGCAGAUGGUGGGUUAGUUGCCAAUGCACCUCAUAUUCCAGUCCAUUUGGGUUCAUUGAGUCAUGCUGUUGUCUACCAAAUGAAUUAUUAUAAAGGUCAAUUAUCUGAGGGUGAUGUGAUUAUGACAAACCAUCCUCAAGCAGGUGGUUCUCAUUUACCAGACAUCACAAUUAUUACGCCUGUGUUCGAUCAAGGCAAAAUUGUGUUCUUUGUAGCUUCAAGAGGACAUCAUGCUGAUAUUGGUGGUAUUUCUCCUGGUUCUAUGCCUCCUCAUUCCAAAGAACUUUAUCAAGAAGGUGCAGCCAUCAAGUCCUUCAAAAUUGUUUCCAAUGGACAAUUUGACCUGAAGGGAUUGGAAGAGCACCUAUGUACUAUUCCAGGCUCUUAUGCAGAAUGUUCAGGCUCACGUGCAUUCCGAGACAAUAUCUCUGACCUGAAAGCACAGAUUGCUGCAAACCAAAAGGGUAUUGCCCUUGUCAAGGCUUUGAUUGAAGAAUACACACUGGAAGUAGUCCAGGCUUAUAUGAUGCAUAUCCGUCGCAAUGCCUCUGAUGCUGUCAAAUCCUUAUUGAAAACUGUAGCAAAACAACAUCAAAAAGAAUUAAUGGCUGUAGACUAUAUGGAUGAUGGUACACCCAUUCAAUUACGUGUCUCCAUUGAUCCUGAACAAGGCACGGCCCUUUUUGACUUUGAAGGCACAGGACCUGAAGUGUACGGCAAUACCAAUGCACCUGAAAGUGUGUGUCACUCUGCUAUUAUUUAUUCUAUUCGUUGUCUUGUUAACCAAGACAUUCCUCUUAACUCGGGUUGUUUAGAGCCUAUUGACAUCAAGAUCCCACCUAACUCUAUCUUGAGUCCCUCUGAACAAUGUGCUGUGGUUGGGGGUAAUGUAUUGACCAGUCAGAGAUUAGUGGAUGUCGUUCUCAAGGCAUUUAAUGCAUGUGCUGCUAGUCAAGGGUGCUGCAAUAACUUGACAUUUGGCAAAGGAGGUAAAUCCAAAGAUGGGCAAGUGGUAGCUGGGUGGGGCUAUUAUGAGACCAUUGCUGGUGGCAGUGGCGCUGGUCCUACAUGGGAAGGUGUCAGUGGUGUUCAUACGCACAUGACAAACACGCGCAUCACAGAUCCUGAGAUCCUGGAGCGUCGAUACCCUGUCAUUCUACAUCAGUUUGCUAUUCGACCUCAUUCAGGUGGGCAAGGUCACCAUCGUGGUGGUGAUGGUGUUAUCCGUGAAAUUGAAUUCUUGGAAGAUGGUAUUCAAGUUUCUAUUUUGUCUGAACGACGUGUGUAUAGUCCUUAUGGUCUUGAGGGUGGGCAGGAAGCUCAAAAGGGGUUGAAUAUUUGGAUGCGUCAUGUCAAUGAAAAUGAGGUGCAGAUGCUUAAUUUGACAGGCAAGAAUUCUGCCUUGUUCCAUCGUGGUGACCGUAUUAUUAUCAACACACCUGGAGGAGGAGGUUAUGGUCAUGCUUAA